AUGAUGCGAGUCCUGUUUGCUAUCGCAGCGUGUCUGACCGCAUCGGAAGCCUGUACCUGCUUUCCAUUUCCAGCAUUGAGGGACGCGUUUUGCUACUCAAGCUUUGUGGCACAUGUGAGGGUGACAGGAAGUAUCGAAGACACCGAUUCUCGGACAAUUCGAUACAAUGUUCGGUAUCUCGAAACUUUUAGGAAUGAGACCGAAUCGAAGCAGCUACCAACAGAAAUCGUCACCGCUUCGACGACAGCUGCUUGCGGGGUCCAACUCAUAAACGGCACCGAAUACCUUAUUGGAGAGUUACUGUUGGUAUGA